GAUGAAACGACUGCAGCCUGAACAGGCCCCAGAGCUUGAGAUGCUGCAGAGGCAGCAUCCUAUGAGAGGGAGAUUACACAGCCAGAUCUGGACCAGAUGUCUGCCAGUAUUUUCAAGAUGAAACUUGCCUUUCUACUAGCGGUGACUCUGUCCUUCAUAACAGAAAACCAGUCCCUUUCAGCGGUAAAAUCGGAGAGACGAGAAGAUCUGCUGAAGAGAUGCUUGGCAGACGCCCUUUCAAUUGCACUUUCCAAAACAGAAGCAACGCCAGAGCAUCCGGAAUGUAAAGAGCUGUUCAAAGGAGGCUCCAACCAUGAGGCUCCAGUGAAGAAGAGUGGAGAGGAGGUGUCGCCACCAGAGGGGGAAGGAGCCAAAGAAGAAUCAGAGCUGGAGGCCAUCCGAGACCUCCUUAAGGAGAACGAGGAGAAGCGCGAAGAGGCGGACGAGGAACGAAGCCAGGAGGCUUUCCCUGGCUACAAGAAGAGGUGGCAGCUAACAGGACCUCACGAACAUGAGGAGGCAGAGGAUGAACGAAGCCAGGAGGAGUUUCCUCAGUACCAGAGGAAAAGGCACCUCCUUCCGUCAGAGAAGCAGAAACGUGAGGAAGGGGAUGAUGAACGCAGCCAGGAGGUCUUUCCAGGAUACAGGAAGAGAUGGCAGUUAGCGGCCCAAGACAAGCGAGAGGAAGAGGAGGAUGAUGGAGAACGUAGUCAGGAGGCGUUUCCACAAUACAAGAGAAGGCAGGAGGAAGAUGAUGAACGCAGUCAGGAGUCUUUCCCAGACUACGCCAAGAAGAGGCACCUUCAUCUGAAACGGGCCGACAGUGAGGAUGAGGAGAGAAGCCAGGAGGCCUUCCCAGACUUCCUCCCACAGAAGAGACAACAGGAGGAGGAGGAGGAGGAGAAAGAGGAAGAAAGGGAGAGGAGGUCCUUUAGGCCUGGGUCGGCGCGCAAAUAUCAAAGAAAGUAUCACAAGCGUGGAGGAGACUCAUCCGAGGAAGAGGAGGAGGAGGAGGACAAAGAGAAGAGGUCCUUCAGGCCUGGGUUGGCGCGCAAAUAUCAAAGAAAGUAUCACAAGCGUGGAGAAAACUCGUCCGAGGAUGACGAGGAGGAGAACGAGGAGGACAGAGAGAAGAGGACCUUUAGGCCGUCGAACAAACAUCAAAGAAGGCGGCUUCACAAGCGUGGAGGAGACUCGUCCGAGGAAGAAGAGGAGGACGAGGAGGACAGAGAGAAGAGGACCUUCAGGCCGUCGAACAAACAUCAAAGAAGGCGGCUUCACAAGCGUGGAGGAGACUCGUCCGAGGAAGAAGAGGAGGAGGAGGAGGACAGAGAGAGGAGGUCCUUUAGGCCUGGGACGGCGCGCAAAUAUCAAAGAAAGCAUCACAAGCGUGGAGGAGACUCGUCCGAGGAAGAGGAGGAGGAGGAGGAAAGAGAGAGGAGGUCCUUUAGGCCUGGGACGGCGCGCAAAUAUCAAAGGAAGCAUCACAAGCGUGGAGAAGAUUCAUCUGAGGAAGAGGAGGAUCAGGAAGAGGAGGUGGAGAAGAGGCAUUCCGCAACCCUGGAUGACGAGGAGCGUGAGGAGGCGCUGAAGUACCUGGCCCAGAGUGGGAGGGAGCUGGGGGAUCGCCUGCUCGCAGACGAGGCACAGGAGGAGGUGCAGGAAGAAGAGGAGGCACACCAGAAGGAGAAGCGCAACCCCUGGAUCUACAGCGGCUUCUACCACCCAGCCUGGUACAAGAGGAGUGUCACGGCAACCGCCGCCGCCAACAACCUCGCCCGCUUACUCAACUACAGGAAGGCCCAGCUGUCACGCGUCACGAAACCAGAGGGGGGCGUUGUGCCCCUCCGGCAAAGAGCACUCACCCCAGUAGAGGAGAGAGAGCUGGCUAACCUGGCUGCCAUGGACCUGGAGGUGCAGCAGAUCGCCAGCAAGAUCCACAACGGCCAGAAGAAAUGAAUGGGGGUCAGGGGUCACUGCUGAGAGAGAAAAAGAGAGAAGAGACAGAGAACCGGGGUUCCCUUUGCUGUUCUCCACAACCUAAGUGCAGGCUUCCAGAUAUAACCCUCCAUCUCCAUGGUGAUCGUAACUUUGACUACAGUGUUUUUAACAAGUAAAUAAUGAAACAGUUACGCUCUCUACAUGCGGUCUCUUUCGCUCUGUGUUCAGUUUCUUGUUGACAUGUGGGUGACAGUCUGGUCGUGAUGUGCCUCCCUUUGGAUGUUCUUUGGGAGAAGCCUCUCUCAGUCGCUUCCUCGCUUUGGUGGUGCCAGCCUGUUCUGACACUUACAAACCUGGCCGUACAACACAUACUGUGUUUCUUGCGUACUCGUCUUCUACUCAUUAGUUACCUAUUUUAAUUUGCAGGGUGUGGGACAGCUGUAGCCUGGUGUCAGUGGCCCCCUGGGAGAGCUGUGGUUUACGCAUCACAGUCCGCCUCCUCAGUAGUGUCUGGUGAUCAGUGAUGGGAACCAGUAUAUUAGAUGAACCUCUGUCUGGAAGUUCACCUCCUUAUUUUUGUCAAGUUCAAUGGAAAAAAAAAGAAAAAGAAAACUAUAUAAUGAUAACACACACACCUUUCUAAUGCCUCUACCGUGUCAACCUUUGUAUGCUGUGAAACUUUUUUGAUGUUGGAGAAACCUUUAAACAGCAUGGGAAUGAUUUUCAGUGAUGACUACUAUAGUCUGGUUAUGAGUUCUGGAUUAUGUUGUGUAAUGUGUGUUUGUUUCGGAGUCUGCAUUUGAUGAAAUAAAGUGAAUUAUUCUGGGACCAAA